UUGUUAAAACCAAACUUGUGCUUGCUAGCUUAUGCGAGAGAGAGAGGCUUUGUGUGGUCGUCAUUGACCACGUCUCUUGCAAUUUAUUUGUAUGUUCGAAGAAAAUGUCAUUAAAUGUAAAAAAAUAGUCUCAAACGACGGCAAAAAGUCUCUCUCCAUUGAGUAUCCUCUACGGUUCUUGAAUUGGUUUGGAUACAUAUUUCGUGUAUGAAAACUGAGGCGUAUCAAGGCUAUGGAGAAUUUAAAUCAUAAGUGGGAUCGUUGUUCCUCUUCUCAUCAAACUCCUCUUUCUUUCAAAGGCAAUCAGAAGCAGAUUGGACAAGGUCAGAGAGAAGUGUUCACACAUUUUGUGUCACUUCCAUUAGCCAUAUACCCUGACUUGACGAAAAAUAUCGAGGCUUUUCAGAAUUCUGUAUUGGGAAACAAUGAUAAGGAUCCAUUGAAGUUUCAGAGUACUUUAGCUGAAAUGGGAAUAGAAAAAUCGAUCUUUGUAACUCCCAAAACUUUCCAUUUGACUGUGGUUAUGUUAAAGUUAGAGAACAAUGAAUCUGUGGUUAAAGCUCAGAAUAUCCUUCAGAGUAUUUUUUCUAAUGUGAGGCAAGCUUUGAAAAACAGACCUGUCUUCAUAAGACUCAGAGGAUUGGAAUGUAUGAGUGGAUCUUUAGACAAAACUCGCGUUCUCUAUGCUCCUGUUGAAGAAGUUGGUCGUGAGGGCCGCCUGCUAAAUGCUUGUCGUAUCCUAAUUUCUCUAAGCGCUUAUUUUUACUUGUGUGAAGACAUGACUUCAAAUUACUAUGCAAGUGCUUCUGAACUCUUUAACUCUCUAGUUUAGAUGUUAUCAUUGAUGCAUUUGAGAAUGUUGGAUUUGCUGGUAAAGAUGCAAAGUCACGCUUGAAGCUACACGCCACGUUGAUGAAUGCAAGCUACAGAAAAGAUAAAAGCAAAAAGAUGGAUACUUUUGAUGCUCGAGAGAUACACAAAGAGUUUGAGAACAAGGAUUGGGGAACAUAUCUAAUCAGAGAAGCUCACAUCUCACAACGUUAUAAGUAUGACCCCAAUGGCUACUUCCAUUGCUGCGCUUCACUACCUUUUCCACAUAAGUGACAUUGACAACGAUCAAAUCUCCUCCACAUGAUUUGCAUUAGGAAAAUUAAUGUCAAAACUUAGGUAAGUAUGGUAUGUCACUGUGUAACUGUUUUUAUAUGUGUGUGUCACAGCGAUUGGUAACUAUGUGUUGUGUAACUUUUGUUUGUAAGUUAAGUUUUGGACAGUAAUAUUCUUCCUUCCGAUGAUUGGAUUAGAAAAUUCGUGAAAAGUGUUUGAUUUUGUAUUAUUUCUGUUUAUAUCGCAUGUUACUUCUUUUGGUAAUUUUGUAGAAUUGAUGGUGUAUUAGGGUUUACGAGUAGAUGUUUUCUAGAAACAAAAGUAUUUCUCCUAAUGUGAGGCAAGCUUUGAAUAACCAACCCAUCUUCAUAAGACGCAUCCUUGAGUUAUACAUAUUUAGUGGCUU